AGUGGCGAUGUAACCAGGGUCACAGAUAGAACAAUGAUCUUUGGCAGGGUGAGUUAUAAAAAAUCUUUGGCUAAACUAAAGGCUAAAGCUAGCAAGUAACACACGAGUAAAGUGGGUUUCGCCGUCCUAAUGAGGAAUAAUAAGAUACAUACCUAUCAAUAACAUAGUGGGGAACGGCAUAGUUAUCUAUGUGAGUUGUGAUUAUGUAGAUAGCGAUGAAUGAAACAGGAUUUGAAUCACGACUGUCGCUGGACAUAUGAUGGCGACGGAGCUGAGACGCUUUUGGAAGCUGUUUGGGUCACUGAGACGUAUUUUCACUUUCUCACUUCUAUUUUUGUUUGUGAAUUGUCAUACGUGUAAACAUCAAGUCCCAUCUCUGUCGGAGGUUGUCCAUAAAGUAUAUCUGAAGUCGGAAAGAUUAACCAAAAGAAGCUCUGAUCAACAAUUAAAGAUAAAAAUAAUUUAUGAUUCAAGUGUGGAAAAGUUAACCUCAGAUAAAAGAAGACUUGUGAAGGAUAAACUUUUUCCACAAGCAAUUGAUUAUUUACAGAAGGUUUUUCAGGUUCGCCGGAAAUCAGGGCCUAUACUACUCAGCAGACAAUGUGUGACCAAUCAGUAUCUGAGGAAGAAAGAUGACCCUCACCGCUACUGCCAGGGAUCAUGUGCAGACAUCACAAAGUGUGGACCCGUCAUUGUUCCUGAGCAUCAUCUGCAGCAAUGCAAGGUGUGCAGCGAGACAGGGAGGUCGUGUGGCUCGGCAGGGCCUCCGGACGGGAAGGGGGUGGAAGGGGCUGAUUUUGUCCUCUACGUCAGCGGGGUGACUACAGAACGCUGUGGACAGGAGAACAUUGUGGCCUAUGCUGCAUACUGUCAGCUGGAGUCUGAGCUAGACAGGCCCAUUGCUGGAUAUGCCAACCUGUGCCCCAAUAUGAUAUCCACCCAACCUCAGGAGUUUGAGAGCAUGCUGUCAACCGUCAAACACGAAAUCAUACAUGCAUUGGGUUUUUCAGCAGGGCUGUUUGCAUUUUAUCAUGAUUAUAAUGGCAAGCCAUUGACACCUCGGUUUGCAAGUGGACUACCAGCAUUCAACGAGAGUUUAGGUCUGUAUCAAUGGAGUGAUGCAGUGAUUCGUAGAGUGAAUCGAUUAUGGGACAUCCGUGGUGGAGUGAUGGUCCGUCAUGAAGUGCAUCUUCUAGUGACGCCUCGUGUUGUGGAGGAAGCGAGGAGACACUUUGGCUGUCCCAUUCUGGAGGGUAUGGAGCUGGAGAACCAGGGAGGGAUGGGUACUGAGCUGAACCACUGGGAGAAGAGGCUACUAGAGAACGAAGCAAUGACUGGAUCGCACACACAAAACAGAGUGUUUUCUAGGAUCACCUUGGCCAUCAUGGAAGACACAGGUUGGUACAGAGCCAACUACAGCAUGGCAGAGAGGCUGGACUGGGGCAAGGGCCUGGGCUGUGACUUUGUGAUGAAAAGCUGUAAGUUCUGGAUUGAAAGGCAACGUCAGAGUCGUAAAGUGGUGACCCCUUACUGUGACACGGUGCGGGCCACACCCCUCCAGCUAACCUGCAGGCAGGACCAGCUGGCUGUGGCUGUCUGCAACCUGCAGAAGUACCCUCAGGACCUACCCCUGGACUACCAGUACUUUGACCAUAUCCCUGAUGUCUCUGUGAGGGACAUUGCCUCCUACGGUGGAGCUGUGGAGAUCGCUGACUACUGUCCCUUCAGCCAGGAGUUCAGCUGGCACCUGAGUGGAGAGUACCAACGCAACUCCUACUGCAGGGUCCAGGAGAACCAACCCGAUUGGUGGAGGAACUAUGGAGCUGAGCAGUAUGGUCCAGACUCUGUGUGUUUGUACCAGAAGACAGCCUUCAUCAUGGAGCAGUGUACCAGGCGCAUGACCUACCCUGACUGGGGAAGUGGCUGUUAUAAGAUGUCUUGCUCUACCCAGGGUCUGACAGUAUGGGUGCAGGAUACUGAGUUUCAGUGUGUGCAUACCGGUCAGCUGCUGAGAGUUAGUGUGCGUGUUAAUGACUGGGUCUACAACGGGGUUCUCGUCUGUCCUGCCUGCUCAGACUUCUGUAGCGCCUGCCCUCCACCACAACAGCUGCCUCCCCUCAAUAGUACCAGGAGAGUUCCUAUUGACCCAUGCUCCAGUUCCUCGGGCUUAGUGGUAACUCUGUGGCUUCUAUUGUUAAACCUCAUCCCUCUGCUAGCUGGAUUUAUCCUGUGUGUGUGGAACUGACUGACUGACUGUGUGGCUGACUGACUGACUGGUUGGGUGACUGACUUACUGACUGCAAGGUCCUUUGCCUGGGGCUGUGUACCAGAUGACACCCUAUUCCCUACAUAGUGCACUACUUUUGAUGGGCUGACUGGGUGGGGGGGUGGGUGGGUGGCUGACUGACUGACUGAAAGGUUAUCUGCCUGGGGCUGUGUCUAUCAGCCCAGGUCAAAAGUAGUGCUCUAUAGGGAAUAGGAUUUGAUCCUUAGAAAAUCAUCAAGGAAAAGUCAGGAAAGUUGUUUAGGAAACAAUCACAUUAACCACAUCAAAGUCAGGAAAAUGUGUGAUACUUUUGAACAAAUGUUAUGUUGAUUCUUAAAACAAAAUGCAGUGAAAAAUGUCUAUGUAUUAUAAAUGCCUGAAAGAAGGAUUUGAACCACAAUACCUUAUCUGUCUAGUUUAAACACAUUUCUACAACCUAGAACUUAUUUUAAUGUUAGUUUUGGAACAGACAAGACAGUGGCCCAUUGUCAAUGACUGUUCAUGAAAUUUCUAGAUAUAAUCAAUGAAAACAAUACUAACCUUCGUCCUUUGAAAGUCUGAGGAUAGGAAAGGCAUUGAAAUGACAUUUGGAAAGUCUUAAUGUUCUCUAUACGUUCUUUCUCUCUGAACAGUCUCCAAUCCCAGUCAUGGCACGGUUUGUGUCACAUUAAGACAGUCCCAAAUGGCAUCCUAUUUAAAGGGAAUAGGGUGCCAAUAGUGCACUAUAAAGGGAAUAGGGUGCCAAUAGUGCACUAUAAAGGGAAUAGGGUGCCAAUAGUGCACUAUAAAGGGAAUAGGGUGCCAUUUGGUAAGCACACAGGGAGAACUCCAGAGUUUAGGUUCUUGAUGUCCUCCUGACACACUACUUUGCCCUUUAGGGUCACUGUACUCCAGACAGUACCAUCAGAAUACUGGAAAGGUGUGUGCCAAGUAAGGCUACUAUCAGAAAAGGGGAAAAAUAAGCCAUUGAUUGCACUUUUCUUUAUCGAAUUAAUGAAGGAGAUGCCAGUAAGCUGUAAGCAAAAUCAGAAGAAGCCAUACCUCAAGAGUAGCUAGCUGAUCACGGUGAGGUGCCAGUGCUUCUUUAUGAAUUACCACCUAUUCUAAAAUGAAUACUUUAUUCCCCUCACCGGGAUUGUAAAAUGAGGAUGUUCAGUUUCCUAGUGUUGUCGUGCAAGGUUUGCAACAUUCUCAGACCUUACAGUAUAUGAAUCACCUACAUUUUCAUCAAGCCCUUUUUCAGUUAACAUUUUUAUGACAUGUCCAAUGAUUCAACACUACUCAAUGUAACAAUGCAGUAUUUCAAUUCAUUUUUUACAGCAGAUUGUUGUUAACGUGUAGUUCUUUCCUGGUGAAAGCUCCAUAUCUAGUAAACUGGGAUUUUUUAUUUUAAUUAUCUUUAACUAGGCAAGUCAGUUAAGAACAAAUUCUUAUUUAUAAUGGCGGCCUACCAAAAGGCAAAAGGCCUCCAGCGGCGAUGGGGGCUGGGAUUAAAAAAAUACAAAUAAAUAUAGGACAAAACACACAUCACGACAAGAGAGACAACACAACACUACAUAAAGAGAGACCUUAGACAACAACAUAGCAUGGUUGCGACACAUGACAACAACAUGGUAGCAACACAACAUGGUAGCAGCACAAAACAUGGUACAAACAUUAUUGGGCACAGACAACAGCACAAAGGGCAAGAACGUAGAGACCACAAUACAUCACGCAAAGCAGCCACAACUGUCAGUAAGAGUGUCCAUGGUUGAGUUUUUAAAUUAAGAGAUUGUGAUAAAGCUGUCCAGUUUGAGUGUUUGUUGCAGCUCGUUCCAGUCGAUAGCUGCAGCGAACUGAAAAGACGAGCGACCCAGGGAUGUGUGUGCUUUUGGGUCCUUUAACAGAAUGUGACUGGCAGAACGGGUGUUGUAUGUGGAGGAUGAGGGCUGCAGUAGAUAUCUCAGAUAGGGGGAGUGAGGCCUAAGAGGGUUUUAUAAAUAAGCAUCAACCAGUGGGUCUUGCGAUGGGUAUACAGAGAUGACCAGUUUACAGAGGAGUAUAGAGUGCAGUGAUGUGUCCUAUAAGGAGCAUUGGUGGCAAAUCUGAUGGCCGAAUGGUAAAGAACAUCUAGCCACUCGAGAGCACCCUCAACUGCCGAUCUAUAAAUUAUGUCUCUGUAAUCUAGCAUGGGUAGGAUGGUCAUCUGAAUCCGGGUUAGUUUGGCAGUAGGGGGGAAAGAGGAGACGAAACCAAGUCUAGAUUUAACUUUAGCCUGCAGCUUUGAUAUGUGCUGAGAGAAGGAUAGUGUACUGUCUAGCCAUACUCCCAAGUACUUGUAUGAGGUGACUACCUCAAACUCUAAACCCUUCGAGGUAGUAAUCACACCAGUAGGGAGAGGGGCAUUCUUCUUACCGAACCACAUGACCUUUGUUUUGAAGGUGUUCAGAACAAGGUUAAGGGUAGAGAAAGCUUUUUGGACACUAAGAAAGCUUUGUUGUAGAGCAUUUAACACAAAAUCCGGGAAGGGGCCAGCUGAGUAUAUGGCUGUAUCAUCUGCAUAUAAAUGGAUGAGAGAGCUUCCAACUACCUGAGCUAUGUUGUUGAUGUAAAUUGAGAAGAGCAUGGGGCAUAGGAUUGAGCCUUGGGCUACUACCUUGGUGACAGGCAGUGGCUGAGACAGCAGAUUUUCUGACUUUAUACACCUCACUCUGAGGUAGUUAGCAAACCAGACCAAAGACCCCUCAGAGACAUCGAUACUCCUUAGCCGGCCCACAAGAAUGGAAUGGUCUACCGUAUCAAAAGCUUUGUCCAAGUCAAUAAAAAUAGCAGCACAACAUUGCUUAGAGUCAAGAGCAAUGAUGACAUCAUUGAAGACCUUUUAAGGGUGCAGUGACACAUCAAUAACCUGAGCGGAAACCAGAUUGCAUACCUGAGAGAAUACUAUAGACAUCAAGAAAGCCAGUCAGUUGAUUAUUGACACGUUUUUUCAACACUUUCGAUAAACAAAGCAAAAUAGAAAUAGGCCUAUAUCAGCUUGAUCUCCCCCUUUAAGUAAAGGAUGAACCUUGGCUGCCUUCCAAGCAAUGGGAACCUCCCCAGAAAGGAGAGACAGGCUUGGCGAUGAUAUGGGCAGAAACCUUAAAGAAGAAAGGGUCUAAACCAUCUGACCCAGAUGUAUUUUUGGGAUCAAGUUUCAGGAGCUCCUUUAGCACCUCGGACUCAGUGACUGCCUGCAGGGAGAAACUUUGUUGCGGGGCAGGGGGAAAAGAGGGAGAAGCAUUUUGCUAUUUAACUUGAUUCUUGUAAGUUUUAUGGUGCAGGGUAUGGCUUUUAUAAAUACAGCACAAUUAGCAGCUUUCAAUUGUCCCUCUUCUCUAAGCACUAUACAGAAUAAUGACUAAUUCAUUUGAGCAUAUAUUUGGUAUGAAAUAAUUUGGCAAUUUUACAUUUUUGGUUUAUUUUAUGUGCCAGAGGCUGGAUUUUUACAUGCAGUGCAUUGAAAAUGGUAUCAAAACAAUCACAAGAGAUUACAAGAUGACAGGACAAAAAAAUCCUUAUUAUGCCAUGUCUAUCAUACGUGUAGUUUAACAUAGCCUAAAAUCAAAGCAACAAACAGCAAUCAGUAGUCUACACAGCAGUAUGAACUAAAUACCUUAUUGCACUACAGUUAAAGAAGUGCCACUGACAUGCUGUUUUAUAUUGUCUAUGGUCCUAUGUACACUGUAAAGCCCAAUGUGCUGUCAUUCAAAUAUUUUGAGGAAACCUCUUGCACUUAAUAUAUCCAAGUACAGUUACUUAGUGAUUUUGUAGUCAUUACUCAAACACUGUGAUCCUGGAGGGUGUCCAGACUUGAGUUGUAUCAGCUUGAAAAUGUUAAGUAACGCCCUAAAAAAAACCUUGACUCCAAUAUUAUUUUCCAGUGUUCCUUGCCUUUUCGAGUGAAUUGUAGCAUUACCACCCAUGACUAGAUUUGUUAGUGACAGAGACAUGGUUGUUGAAUUCGUUCAUUUUCAGUCCUGUGGCCUUCACCAAGUGAGUUAAUAGGCGCAUGUUAUCACUAUAAUUAAACUCUAUGACAAUACAUUACAUAUCUCAUAAGGCCUUAUUUUGAGGCCUAGCUUUACCCUAAUGCAAACGCCUGAAACUCAUGGUUUAAAGGCCAAAUCAAUCCUGCAAGUAGGAUUGCAAAAUGACGGUAACUGUCCCAAAAUUCCCCAAAACUCCUGGUUGAAGGAUUUUCACGAGUCUUUCAACCGGGAUUUUUGAAAAACUUUGGAAAUUUACCAGAAUUUUGCAACCCUACCUGCAAGUAACCUCAUGCUGGCUUGCAAAGAGAGGUGUAAUUCCUAUUUGAUAUCCAACAAUUACAUUAUUCACCCAUUCAUAAUGACUGCCAGGGAUAAGAACAGUGUUAGGAGACUACCUAAGCCAUUUAAACUAGAACAACUAUUUUAGUAAUAGGUGCAAUAAAUCUAACUAAAUGAUUUGGAUUAGUUUAGAAAAAAUGUGUUUAUUUAUCUUUGUGUAGCAAAAGAUUAAUCAAUCAUUCAAUGUACAUGCAAAGACCGAUAUUAAAAACAAUUCCAAAAUCCAACCUCCAGUUGAGCAUGCUGGGGGAAAAAAGUUUUCUGUAUGGUUGCAAACGGGGCCUACAUCAAUUAUGGGAACAUUUGUAUUUUCUCAUGAUAAGGAACAAAAGUAAUGUGUUGAUGAGGUGGAUUGAGAACACAAAAUGGCUAAGAGUGGGGAUGUUGGUCUAUCUGUUAAUUGAGAUGACUACUAGAAUGCUGCCUAAGGGGAUAGUUUAAUAUUCUUUAGGGAAAAGACAUUAUAUUAUUCCGUUUUUGUUGUUUAUUCCCAUGCAAUUGUCUGCAUUAGAAUGUCUUGUUUGUUUUUGUUUUCUGUCCUUUAGUUUUUUGUUACAUUUCAGAGCGAAGUGAAGGACGACAGUGCUUUUAUUUAUGAUCAUGUUUACCCUUGUACGAGAGUCAAUUGUAUAAUAUGUGUGUAGAAAAUGUGUUGAUUUUUCCCUACCUGAAAAAAAGAUGGUGUGUUUUACAUCUCACUUGGUGGCAGUUUUCUGAUGGUCAGUGUGAGCGAAUUUGGAAAAAAAUGACAUUUAUAUGAUAUGUAAUUUUUCUCAACAUGAAGAAAUGUAUGUUUGUUUCAAAAAAGUACAAAGAGGAAGAACAUGCACAUACCUGAAAUCUUUGCUUAAUUUACAGUGACCAAAGAUAUUUCUAUCCAGAAAUGUAAGGUUUUCUAUUGUACAUAAAUUAAAAGAUUGCAAAAAAAAAUAAUCCUGUUAACUUAACUCAUCAAAUAUAUUUUACGUUGUUUUUA